AACCCUUGGACUGCGUUUCGCUCUUCUUUAGCCCUGUCUUUUCUGAUAGGCGGUGGAGCUUGCCACCGGCCACCAACUCCUCCUCCUUCCGACUAGUGCGACGUCAGAAGGCCACCACGAUACAGCCAUUACCGCCCACAAGCCACCGCCUCCUACCAUCAUCUCCAGCCAUCAGGUUUGCCGCUUCGCCCCUCCGUCGUGUGCCGCAGGUCUCCGUUGCUAGUAAUCGUGAAGCGACCUGCUUCCGUCGCCACCAUCCGUCAACCCUCGCGACCGCCUGAUUGCCACCGUCCGGAUGACCUGUCACCAGGGGCGGAUCUAUGUGUCAGACAACAAAAAUUAAAUUUGUAGAGUAAAUUUUUUAAUUAUUUAGUAUUAGCCCAGCCCAAAUUCGAUCCAGCCCACGCUAUUUUUUCCCAGCCCAGCCCACUUGCCUGCAAACCCUUCUCUUCUCCUUCCUCUCUCGACCUCGCUCUCGCUCACGGCUCACCCUCGCUGCCUCCUCUUCUCUUGCUCGUCCGCGCUAUCUGCCUCUCUCUUGCUCUCGCUCGCCUCGCUGCCUCUCGCCCUCGCUGCCUCUUGCCCUCGCUCUCUGCCUCUCCCUCCGGCUCUCGCUCGCCCUCGUUGCCUCUCGCCCUCGCUCUCUGCCUGACUGCCUCUCUCUUGCUCUCGCUCGCCCUCGCCCCCACGCUCGCUCGGCCUGUCGGCCUCGGUGCCUCGCCCUCUUGCUCGCUGCCCUGCCUCUGAUUCAGGUCUUCGUUUUACACCCCCCCCCCAAACUUCCAGAUUUGCUUCAUUCGAGCCCAGGUUAGGUACUAUUGGGACAAGAACCUGCCUUUUGGCUUGCUCUGCGCUGAUUGGAGAUGUCAAGGCCAGAGCUAGAAGCACCCCCUGAAAUAUUUUACAAUGAUGAAGAAGCUCGCAAAUAUACUUCUUCUUCUCGUAUAAUCCAAAUUCAGGCUGAUCUCUCUGAGAGAGCUUUGGAGCUUCUGGCUUUACCUGAUGAUGGAGUUCCCAAAUUACUCCUUGACAUUGGUUGUGGAUCUGGACUUAGUGGAGAGACAUUAUCUGAGCAUGGACAUCAAUGGAUUGGCUUAGAUAUAUCACAGUCAAUGCUUGAUAUUGCAUUGGAGCGUGAGGUUGAGGGUGACCUUCUACUUGGGGAUAUGGGUCAGGGCCUGGGGCUACGACCUGGAGUUAUAGAUGGUGCCAUCAGUAUCUCGGCUGUUCAGUGGCUUUGCAAUGCUGACAAAUCUUCACAUGAGCCUCGGUUGAGAUUGAAGGCUUUCUUUGGGUCGCUAUACAGAUGUUUAGCUAGGGGAGCAAGAGUUGUAUUUCAAGUAUAUCCAGAAAGCGUUGCCCAGCGUGAGUUGAUACUAGCAUCUGCUAUGCGAGCUGGAUUUGCUGGUGGUGUGGUAGUUGACUACCCUCAUAGUACUAAGAAGAGAAAAGAGUACCUUGUGCUCACUUGUGGGCCGCCAUCCCUAAGCACAGCCACUCCAAAAUCAAUAGGAAAAGAUGAAGAGAGCUGCUCAGAUGAUGAUGAGAGUAGUGGGGAUGAAGAAAAUCAAACGGUUGGCAUUUCAGACCGACAUAGACCAAGGAAAAAACGAAAAAUAAGCAAGAAAGGAAAGGGAAGAGAAUGGGUUUUGAAGAAGAAGGAACAGAUGAGGAAAAAGGGAAAUGUUGUGCCUCCAGAUUCAAGAUACACAGCACGCAAGAGAAAAGCUAGAUUUUGAUCACAAAACCCUGCCAAAAUUCGAAAGCUUAUUCUGAUGUCCUGCAUUGAGUUUCCAGCUUAAUUAAGCAAAGCAUAUGAUGGAAUGGAAAUCUAAAAUGUAUAUGCCCAAGAAGCUAGUGUUACGAGGAGGGGUGUUGUCGAUCCAUUUUUGUUUUGUCUUUGUUUUUGAAUUAAAUAGCUUUGCUUCAUUCUCUCUUUUAAGUUGAGUUGUGACAAGGUCACUUGGUUUUCUAAAGUUGGUUUGCUUCAUUAUAAUACUUGGAGAAUCCAUCAUAUAUAUAUAUAUAUAUAUUCUCACC